AUGGCAGAUACAGCAGUAGCUUCCGAAACUCCCGCUCCGGCGACUCCGGCGAAAAAACCGAAGGCCGCCGCUACUGCAGCAGGUGGUGCAAAGAAGCCCAAGGCGAAACCCACUCAUCCGAAGACUUCCGAAAUGGUCACCAGCGCAAUUAAAGAGCUGAAAGAGCGCAGUGGAUCAUCUUUGCAAGCGAUAAAAAAAUAUAUUGCCGCUCAAUAUAAAGUCGACGCUGAAAAACUAGCUCCGUUCAUCAGAAAAAAGUACCUGAAGAGCGCAGUCGAAUCGGGUGCGCUUAUACAGACAAAGGGCAAGGGGGCUUCCGGUUCCUUUAAGCUUGAAUCAAAAUCGUCCGCCUCUAAGAAACCGUCGACGGGUAAGAGCAGCGGUGGCGCAAAGAGCGGCGCGUCCGCCGCUAGCUCGGUGUCGGCGAAGGUGAAGAAGAGCACCGCCGCGGGUAAGGGUAAAAAGACAGCAUCGGCAGCGACCGCAUCAUCACCGUCUAAGGCAAAACCGUCUGCAGCUACCAAGGACAAGAAGGCGGCCGCCGCGAAAAAGAAGCCGGCAGCCGCAAGAAAAUCCGCAACCGCUGGCCAAAGCGGCGUUUCUAAGGCGAAAGGCGCCGCUUCGAAGGCGAAAAAGAGCGCCAAACCACCGACAAAGAAACCUAAGGCUCCAAAACCGAAGAAGGCGGCAACACCCAAAUCGAAGCCUUCCGCGGCGGCAUCGAAGAAGGCAGCCGCUUCUAAAAAGUAA